AUGGACACAGGACAGGUGAGCAGGGCCCGGAGCGGAGGGCCCUGCCCGGGGCGCGGCGAGCAGUGUCUCCAGCGCGAGGAGGCGGCCGUGAGGAUCCAGGCCUGGUGGCGCGGCAGCCGGGUGCGCCAGACGCUGCUGCAGGCGGCGCUGCGGGCCUGGGCCAUCCAGUGCUGGUGGCGGGCGGCGCAGGCCAAGGCGCUGGAGCAGAGGCGGCGCCUGGCGCUGCGGCUCUACACCUGCCAGGAGUGGGCGGUGGUGAAGGUCCAGGCCCAGGUCCGCAUGUGGCAGGCGCGCCGGCGCUUCCUGCAGGCCCGCCAGGCCGCCUGCACCAUCCAGUCCCACUGGCGCUGGCACGCCAGCCAGGCCCGCGGCCUGCUCCGGGGCUGCUAUGAGGUCAAGGCCAGCCGCCUGCAGCUGGACAUCGAAAUCCUCAUGGCCUAG